AUGAUAUUUUAAGCGUUGUUUGGGGAAGGGUGAUUAGACCCCGACUCAAUUACACCACGCUUCUAAAUUCUGAGAAUGAAUUCGUAAGAUCGAAGCAAUAGCCUUUUUCUCUGCCGCCACUGGUUUCGAUCCCACACCCACAAACGCAAACCCUCCAUCCUUUGAAUGCUCUUGCGUUUUCCUUUCACUACCUCAUUCCUAACUCACACACACACAACGGGUGAUAUCAAUGUCGACUCCUGCUAGGAAGAGGCUCAUGAGAGAUUUCAAGAGGCUGCAACAAGACCCGCCUGCAGGAAUCAGCGGGGCACCUCAGGAUAACAACAUAAUGCUGUGGAACGCUGUCAUAUUUGGUCCUGAUGAUACUCCAUGGGAUGGAGGCACGUUUAAGUUGACUCUCCAAUUUACUGAGGAUUAUCCAAACAAGCCACCAACUGUACGAUUUGUCUCUCGAAUGUUUCAUCCAAACAUUUAUGCGGAUGGAAGUAUUUGUUUGGAUAUAUUACAAAACCAGUGGAGUCCUAUAUAUGAUGUAGCUGCUAUACUCACUUCUAUCCAGUCAUUGCUUUGUGAUCCCAACCCAAAUUCUCCUGCAAACUCAGAAGCAGCUCGAAUGUUUAGUGAGAACAAGCGUGAGUACAAUCGAAGAGUGAGAGAAAUUGUGGAGCAAAGUUGGACAGCUGACUAAGCUUAUCUUCGCAUGCUUGUGGGCCUUUGAAGUCAUGAAUUAGAUUGCACUGCUGGAAUAAGAAUCAUUGUGCCAACUUACUGAAUUUUAUGCCGCAUUCCUUACUCUUCUGAAUGUUAGGAUCAUCUCAUCUUUAAUUCAUUGUAGUUUAUGCAUUGUCCAUGUCAGUUCAUGUAUUAUAGAAUCCUGUCAAUUUGCACCAAGUUGUUGUCAACACAAUGUAUAAGUUGUAGUUUUCUGAAUUGGUUACGAUCACAAGGAUUUGUUAAACUAGCUUCAAUUUCUAUGGUUUCGUUGUCACAUUGCAUCUAGGAUCUUGCUUUCAACCUUUUUGUUGUGACUUGACGUACUGCCUAUGAAUGAGAUGAUUUGAUCAUACUACGAUGC